CUUUGCCCCUCUGCUUUCGAUACAUCUGCUGCCCAUCGCUCGUCUGGCUUCUUCGCUCGCUGAUCUGCCUGUGCAUCGUGUCCAAUGUCAGGCCGAGCCCUGGCUUUCGGCUGCAUCGUGGUGCUGCAACAUGAGCGCCUCGCCGCCGGACGCUAUUUUUAGCCGGAGGAGCCCAACCGGAUCUGCAGAAGGCGAGCAAGGAAAGCCGGCGACGAGCUUUCGGGCGACUGGCGAAAAUGCAGUCGUCCAGCACCGCAUCUGUGCCGAAGCGCUUUUGCUUCAGCUUACCUGCUGCCUUGCUAACCAGCCAGCCAGCCAGCUAGUACACUCCCGUCUCGUCCAAGUUCCCGAUGCAAACAUGGCAACCCGCCUGAGCAACCAGUUCCGGGUCCUGACGAUCUGCUAUGCCCGUGCCUCCCGCCCUGCCGAAAGAGAGGCUCUCUGGCCAAUCCUCCUCGCCACUGCCGAGCGACUUGUCCUGGUGAAGAAGCACAAGCCGUAUCUGGGGCUGUCCAGCACUGCACACCGCCAGACCCACCUGGCCGUCCCAGCUUUGGCAGCACCUUCAUGCCCGCCCUCCGCUCCGUCCAUGGUGCUCGAGUGCAGUCUGGCCCAGCCAACCGACAGCCCCUCCACCAACCGCAUCCUUCUGCCGACCGAGCUCCUCGAGCGGAUAUUCCUGUUUCUCGACUGCCAGGGACAGUACCACAAGCUUACCUUGGUCUCGAAACAGUUCAACCGGAUUGCUACGCCCCUGCUCUACCGCUCGCCCAAGCUCUCGAGCCCCUAUGCUGUCGACCGAUUCCUGUACACUUGCGACGGUCCAACGGCGAACCGCACCUGGAGCUACGGACCCAUGGUCCGAGAGAUUCACUUCCUGUCGCCUAUCCGCGGGUCCUUGAUCGGACUGCUACCGAUGCCGCAUGGUUGCGAGGAAAUCAGCCACUCGCACUCGACUCUCUUUGCCGUCCUGCUCCUCUCACGCCUCAGCCCGGACCCGGCCAUGAGCCAGAUAUUCUACUCGAUCGUCGAGACACUUCCCCGACUGGUCUGCAUCCGUGAGACCUGCAAAGGCUCAGACGAACCCAUUGCUGUCAGCUCUCGGCUCGCCUCAAGCAUCAGCCAGUCGCUGGGGCCCGAUGAGGGGCGGGGUGACCACAAGAUUGUGACCAACUUUAUGCUCGGACAGCUCCUCAAGGCCAGCAGGCGUUGUGUCGAGUAUGCGGCCGGAGCCGGAAUCAAGUCUGCCAACCUCUUUGACUGCAGCGAGUUUCUGCUCGAGAUGCUUGAAGGCGACGCCAAGCCCAUGUGGGAGGGCAUGAACGGCAAGUUGCUCCGCCAGGCCAAGACGGCGGUCAUGCAAAAAGUCAAGUGGAUCCUCAAUUCGCUAAGCACGGGGCUGCUGCUGGAGGUGCAGUACGUGACGCUGUGCUGCCAGCGAUUGUUGGAGGUGUAUUGCGGAAUGUACUAUUGCGCCCUCAGCAAAGCCGAUGCCUUGGAUUUCGACAAUCUUAUCCUGGCAUUUGAAGAUGCGUUUGGCAGGCCCGUGCGCAAUGGUUGCAUCUUUGACCAGCCCACCGAUUCCGAUGCGAUCGAGCGGCUGCUGAACUUUGAUCCAUGGGACUACGAUGCCACAUACGAAGAGCCAAUGCCAGUGCCGAUGCCGAUGUCGAUCGAGACCGCGAGCCUGGACAGAGAUUCUGGGCACAUCCCCUCCGACCCCGUUCGGAGAGUCUACCAGGCGCUGCAGCUUAUCACUCACUCCAGCCUGACCGUCGACGAGGCCUCCCGAAUCACCAUCUGGAACGACAGCUUUCUGGAAUCGCGGGAAGAGUUUCGCGCCGCCAUCAUGAACAUGGAGGCCGGCUCGCUCAACAUGGAAACCGCCGAGUUCCUGGACCUGUUGAUCCGCGAGGACAUUGAAAUCGUGGACGAAAAGACAUGUGCCUUGGCUCUGUGUGUGGAGUGGAUGCGCGAUGUCGUUGUUUGGCAGCGAGCAACCAAGCAGAUGGACUCGGUCAAGGCCCUUCUGCGCAGAAGUAUGCAAAAGAUCGACGCCUUCCGGGGCAUGCAAUGGCGCUAUGGACUCAUGUUUAUGGACUGAGCCGCAGUUGGCCAUGCGUUGCGGCUCUGCCGAAGGAUCGAAGGCGCAUUGCCGACUGCCAUGACAUGAGAUCGGCAUGCACCCGCUGCUGCAGGCCGAAACCCAACCACGGCUCGGUUCCUGCAAGACAAGUACAUGCUCAAAGUGCCCAGUGCCAAUCCAGGAUUGUACCCUGUUGCGCUGUGUUUCCCCACUCAGUUGCUGAAUACAUGCACUUGUGGCGAAGGGUUGCUGCCCUCGUAUAUGCUGGUCCCGGAUUGGUAGUGAUGGUUUGUGAUGGUUGGUUCGUGAUGCCGCUGGUCUUGUGAGACGGAGCUCAGAGGGCUACGCCAUAAGCAUCAAAGUUGCGGACAAUCACAGUGACCUCGACAUGGACCUUGCCCAUCGAAAUGGUGUUGAGUCGAUACC